AUGACUAAAGUGAUGCUGGCUGCAUCCUUUUGGUCCCUGUUGGAGCCAGCAAUUGAAAUUGGAGAAGGAUUUCUUCCAGCCACUGUUGGAUUCUUCUUUGGAGCUUUAUUUGUGCUCCUGUCAGAUAUCCUUUUGCCAUUUUUGGGCACUACAGGAGACCCAGCCAUUAAUCUAGGAGAAGUGCAUGAUGUGGAGCUGAACUGGGUCAGAAUGGACUUGUCUUCAACUCGAGAAGAUGAUAGGAGGAAGGAGAUGGACCAAUCAAGAUGGAGGAGAAUUCUUCUUCUUAUCCUUGCCAUCACAGUUCAUAAUAUCCCUGAAGGUUUAGCUGUGGGAGUUGGAUUUGGAGCAGUGAACCAGACAGCUUCUGCAACUUUUGAGAAUGCAAGAAACUUGGCCUGGGGAAUUGGGAUUCAAAACUUUCCAGAGGGCUUGGCUGUGUCCUUGCCACUCCAUGGAUCAGGGAUGUCCAAGUGGAAAAGCUUCUUUUAUGGGCAACUGAGUGGAGUUGUGGAACCAUUUGCAGGGGUCCUUGGUGCAUGGGCUGUUGGCUCUGCUCAUAAGUGGCUCCCAUAUGCUAUGGGUUUUGCAGCUGGGGCUAUGGUUUAUGUUGUAGUUGAUGAUCUCAUCCCUGAAGCCCAGACAUGUGGGAAUGGUCGAUUGAGCAGCAUCAUGGUGGUCAUUGGGUUCCUCACCAUGAUGGCUCUUGAUUGUCUGUUGGACACAGAUGCACGAAAGGGUGGGAGUAAAGGGAUCCUCAAGAAGAACAUCCAACCCAUGGCUGGGCAUCCUCUUCUUGCUUGGGCUGUCCAUGCAGCUAAAUCUGUCUUGCGUCUGUUUUCUCCUCCUCCUCCCCAUCUUUCAACUAUUGCUCACAAGUUUGGGAUGAGGUUUGAUUCUGUGUGGGUCUCUACGGAUGAGGAGGAGAUAGGGGAGGUUGCGAGGGAAUACGGGGCAUGUGUUCAUUGGAGGGAUCCCCAGACAGCCACAGAUUCCUCCUCUUCUCUCUCUGCAACCCGGGAGUUCCUUCAAAAACAUCCUGAGGUGACCGUGGUGUGCCUAAUCCAAGCAACAUCCCCAAUGGUUCUACCAAAAUAUCUGGAAGAAGCAUGUGAUCUGAUUCUGAAAGGAAACUGGGACUCAGUCUUCUCCGUCACCCGCCUUCAUAAGUUCAUCUGGAAGGAAGUUUCAAAGGGGCAGGCAACGGAACCGGUGAACUUUGACCCAAUGCAAAGACCCCGUCGACAAGACUGGCCAGGGAUGCUUGUUGAGAAUGGCAUGUUCUACAUGAGUUCCUCACAGGGCAUCCUCUCCUCUUCUUUCCAAUCUGGAAGGGUGACAUAUGUUGAGGUUCCAGCAGAGUUGAGCUUGGAGGUGGAUACCCCUUAUGAAUUCUUGCUGGCUGAGGAAACCAUCUUCUUCCUUGAAGAAGUCCUCAUUAAAGAGGGUCCAGACAUGAAACAGCGAUUUAGCAAGUUUGCAACAGGGGAGAGGGAAGUCAACAGACGUUCCCACGCUCCCAAUGCCCACUCCACUGUUAAUUACUCAAGACCAAUUACUAAUUUUAACAUGGCAGCAGGCAUAACACAUGUUCGAUUGGCUGAAGAACGAAAAAGAUGGAGGAAAGACCAUCCGUUUGGAUUUGUUGCUCGUCCAUCCACAAAUCCUGAUGGUUCCAUGAAUCUUAUGAAUUGGGAAUGUGCCAUACCAGGGAAGAAGGGAACACCAUGGGAAGGAGGGCUGUACAAGCUGAGAAUGAUUUUCCGAGAGGAUUAUCCCUCCACCCCUCCCAAAUGCAAAUUUGAACCUCCAUUAUUUCAUCCAAAUGUCUAUCCAUCAGGAACCGUCUGCCUCUCACUGCUGGAUGAAGAAAAGGAUUGGCGUCCUGGCAUCACCAUCAAGCAAAUACUACUUGGCAUUCAGGAGUUGCUGAAUGAGCCAAACAUCCGUGAUCCAGCUCAGGCAGAAGCCUACACCAUCUAUUGCCAGAACAGGCUGGAGUACGAGAAGCGAGUGCGAGCCCAGGCACGAGCCAUGGCCCCGAAUGAAUGAAUCCUUUUGGCAUUCUGUUAAUUACAUCCCAUGUUCUUAACUUUGGUCGAGAAAGUUCAAAAGAUUUUUUGCAUGUGAGUGUGUUGUACUAGGGCUAGCUCAUUUCAAUUUGUGAUUCAUUCUUGUCUCAUCCCUUUUGUGCAUUUGCAGCCUAUGCUAGUAAAAGGAAUCUUCCUUGUUUAUCAGAGAGUAAUGUUUGUAUGGCCUCAUUUUCUUCCAGACCAGAAUUGGCUCAUCUCUACCUUAAUUUUUGAGAAUUCCAUUCUUUGUCCUGAGUCGUGCAUAAGUUUGAAUAAAGGGAACACUUGAAUUGAGAAA